AUGUCCAGCUUUGACUCUAUCCUUGAUUUGAAGAACGAACCGGCAUUAGAAGAGGAUGUAGAUUUUACACUCCAGAAAGAGCGCAUCGAGGAAGCUUUCGAAGAGCUGUUGAGCGAUUUGGAAGCGUUUGUAAGGGUAGAAGCAUAUCUUAAAAAGAGUCCAAAGGAUGGAGAAACCGCUUGGAGGAAUUUGGUUGGAUAUGCUCAAGGUUAUGAAAAUUACACGAUAUUUCAACACAUGCUGAGAGAUUUGGACACAAAGUCCAAAGGAGCGGGAUGCUGUGCCGAUGAUCCAAUCACUCAGCUUGCAGGAGAAGUGAUACGACAUGUCCGGAUCAUUGGCGAGAGCUCACUGUUGCGUCCACCAAGCCCCAGAGUGACAAUCAAGAACCGGGCCGAGUAUGAAACGUUCCGCUGGAGCCGUAUGAUAGCCCUGCAAGAGAGUAAGCUCGAGUCACUCCAGCGCAAGAUUGACGAAUGCGAACGGAAAGCCAACGAAGCAGUGGCCCAACGUCGGCGCCUUCACCAGCGCAGUGCAGCGGAAAUGGAGGACCAACUCACUGCCUCACAAAGCGUCCUUGUGGACAUGAAGCUGGACGGCGACGGGAUCAUUCAACGGCUACAGAAUCAGCUAGCCAGUAAGCCACACUUUGAGACCGCGCCGGACUAUCUCUCCCUGCUCGAUAAGCACGAGCAGAAGAAGAAGCGCAUCGCCAAGAUGGACGCGCAGCUGCAGCUGUGGGUUAAAAAGUACGACAAGUUCAUUGGCGAACCGAUGCCGUCGCUGCGGGCGCUGGAGGAAAAGGUGGCCGGGCUGGACGAGUGGCGCGAUACCGUGUUCCGGCCGCAGGAGGAACGGUUGCGCCAGCUGCGGGACCAGAUUGGAGUGUUCGAGAGUAUCGCAACGGAGGAGAAGGUGCAGCAAAUGCGCAAACUGCACGCGGUACGGGUGCUGCAGCGGGCGUGGAAGCGAACGCUCGACAUAAAGCGCGCCAAGAAGGGAAAGAAGAAAGGCAAGGGGAAGAAGUAA